CACGAAAUCCAAACCGCGCUUUUCCCUCCUUCUCAUGGAUGAUCUGUUUUAGAAGAAGCGUGAAGCUGUAAAACAUUUUAACUUUUACACAAAGAGGUAAAGACGCUUCUUGGGAUUUUCGGUCAUCUCAGAGCACCGAGUGUGUGGAUUCGUUCAUAUUUGCUCACAGGAUCCGUAAUAAAAUUUGCUGGAUUUCUUUGGGUUUGUGUGAGAUGAUGGCCUCCUACUUGGGCCUGGAGGAGAGCAGUACGGGUCUGAUGGACACAGCCAGCAAGACAGAAAAAGAGCAAACUGAGAGCGAAAGUGUUGCAGUGAAAAGUGCAGAAAAUACGGACGCGAGCCAAAAGCCACCGUACUCUUAUGUGGCGCUGAUUGCCAUGGCGAUACGCGACAGUUCUGAGAAGCGACUGACACUUUCAGGAAUUUACCAGUACAUCAUCAGUAAAUUCCCUUUCUACGAGAAGAAUAAGAAAGGCUGGCAAAACAGCAUCCGACACAACCUGUCACUGAACGAGUGUUUUAUCAAGGUGCCACGGGAGGGCGGUGGAGAAAGGAAAGGUAACUAUUGGACCCUGGACCCUGCGUGUGAAGACAUGUUUGAAAAGGGAAACUACCGACGACGGCGGCGCAUGAAGAGACCGUUCAGACCUCCACCGGCACACUUCCAACCCGGUAAAACUCUUUUCGGUGGGGACACUUACGGUUACCUCUCCACGCCUAAAUAUUUACAGUCAGGGUUCAUGAACAACUCGUGGUCUCUGGCGCAACCUCCCGGGUCCAUGCCGUACACUUCGUGCCAAAUGGCGAGCGGUAACGUGAGUCCGGUGAACGUCAAAGGCUUGUCCGCGCACUCCUCGUACAAUCCUUACUCUCGCAUGCAAACAAUGACAUUGCCGGCCAUAGUCAAUUCGUACAAUGGCAUGAGUCACCACCACACACACCAGCACCAUCAGCAGCUCAGUCCGGCUACGUCUCCUCCUGUUUCGACUGGAAACGGCACCGGGAUUCAGUUUGCGUGUUCGCGGCAGCCCACAGAUCUCCCCAUGAUGCACUGCCCUUACUGGGAGCACGAGGGCAAACAUUCCGCUCUGCACACGCGAAUUGAUAUAUAAUUUUAUCUGUUCCCACAAUCCGAGACUAAUAAACAUGUUUUAUAUCUGGUCAACGCAAAUAAAACUGACGUGGACUCAAACGAGGGAAUCUCUCCGAUGUAAAGAGAUGUGAUCUAUUUCCAGUAUUUGACCAUUUACGGAAGAUCCAGAUCGCAGUUGGAUUUAAUAUUUAAAACAAUUAACAAUGUAUUUUCACGUCAUUAGACAUAAACUUUGGUGAAAGCAGCUGUUCUUUUAGUUGUUCUUCUGUACCAUCAGACACUCUUCUGAAAUGACAUCUGGGUUUUAAUAAUUCAUAUA